AUGGGUGCCGCCAACCGGAAGCUGCGGGGGCAGGUAACUGCGUCGAUCGCGGGCCUCAGCGUGAGCAAAAAUGCCGGAUUGGACACCCGUGGACAGCAACGGAUCGUGCGUCUCCGCCGUCCUCUUGGGAGAGCACGCACAUCAGUGGACGCCGAGCAGCCGACUGUCCUCACAGUACAUCCACGGACCGAUUGGGCUGGUGCAUGCACACGUCGUCCUUUUCCAUGUGAGAAAGCCGAAAGCGCUCGUUUUGGCGGAGUCCGGCGAGCUGGUACCCGGUGCAAGAAUCGUCGGUCGCUCCUGGACCGCAACCGCGACAGCACGGUCGCGCACAGCGCCACUAGCGGCGCCUGUCCGAGUGGCGAGUGGACGGAGGGAAAAGGAGAGAGCAGACCGGCGGUGGCGACUGUCUUGGUGCCGGCGGCCCUCAGCUCCGGCCUUCGGCGCGGCGUCGGCUUCGAUGCGCACAGGUGCUCUGUGCUAACCGCACUCGGCUCCAGUGCGGGGAGCUCCGGGCAGCGGGGUGGAGGCGGAAAGGCCCCGUUGCCCGUGGGUCGUGGUGGCGAGCUCCGACGACUGGCUGCUGUGGGUGGAGUCGUAGGCUGGUGCGGCGCAGCUCCGGCGGAGGUAGCUUCGGCGAGCCGGGGCGAGUGCGCCUCUGGCGGCGUAGGGCGUCGGCGCUGGAGUGCUAGGCGGCAACGUCCGAGGCAAGGACAGGCGCUGGGCUUGAGCUCCGAGCUGCCUGGGACGAGGCUGUACCACCGCAGGCCAGCCUAG